ACCUGUUUUCUGGUUGGUCUGACAAGACCCCCUCCUCUCGCUCCCUGACAAUAUAACCGAGGAUUGUCUGUAGUCGCCACAUUUUCUUUGAGUCGUAACUCUAGAAAGUAUCUUGAAAAUGAGUGGCCGAGGGAAAACCGGUGGCAAAGCCAGAGCUAAGGCAAAGACCCGCUCCUCCCGUGCCGGGCUUCAGUUCCCCGUCGGCCGUGUCCACAGGCUACUGCGCAAAGGCAACUAUGCCGAGCGUGUUGGAGCCGGUGCCCCCGUCUAUCUGGCGGCCGUGCUGGAGUACCUGACCGCUGAGAUCCUGGAGUUGGCUGGAAACGCUGCCCGCGACAACAAGAAGACUCGUAUCAUCCCCCGUCACCUGCAGCUGGCUGUCCGCAACGACGAGGAGCUCAACAAACUGCUGGGCGGAGUGACCAUCGCUCAGGGCGGUGUGCUGCCCAACAUCCAGGCUGUUCUUCUGCCCAAGAAGACCGAGAAGCCCGCCAAGUCCAAGUAAACCUGCUCACUGCUGGAAACAAAACAAAGGCUCUUUUAAGAGCCAC